UAAAAGUAACACCUGCUUUGUUUUGGCUGAGAAUGCCGGUCGAGACGACAGCGAGUGUGUGUUUCAAGACAUUAAGGUCAACGGGACUUUUCAAAUUUUGAACAAGGAGAUAAGGGAGGCAAAUGACCUAAAAGAAUGAUUAGGAGCUGUCGUUAGGUCCCUCCUACAAGCACAUUGUACGUGUACAACCAGUAAGCACUUAACCAGCCUCAGCUUAUUAGCUGUACUGUAGAGCUGGCAGUCUAUGUGUUCUGGCAGGGGCUUGUUCAAUAACUAAUGUGCUUUUAGUGCUGUUGCUUGUUUUAAAAGCUGACAAGUGAUUCUUUUUUUAUCCUCGAGCCGUAGUUGCAAUGUUAGAAAAGAAGAGGCGUGGCAGUGUCAGCAGCUUUCCUGGUGGAGUUUGCUUCUUUUCCUCAGCAUCAUUAUCUUUAGACAAAUGUUAAGGUAACACGGCGUAUGAAGCAGCAGUCAGACAGUGUGAACUGGGAAUUACAAUUCAACCCCAUCCUCAGAUUUAAGGAAGGCAAGGAAAGAUAUUUUUUUUAAAACUACAUUUUCCUUUUGCGGAGCAGCAAGGCAGAAAAAGCAACAUCUUCCUGGCUUUUGCUGUCAGCUAUCCUGGAACCCAUGGCUCAGCAAGGACCAAACCCAGACACUCUCCCCGUGCCUGCGGUGGAGAAGCCACCCCACGAACAUGCAGGACUGAACGAAGACCUGGUGAAGAUUCUGAGAGAAAACCUGCUGCAGCAUGACAAGCCACGGGCAACAAGAAAGGCUACCUCCAUCUCGCCAAGGUUAUCCCCGGCCAUUUCUCCCAGGAACUCUCCCAGGCUCCUGCGCAGGAUGAUGCUGAACAACAACAUCCAGAAGAAGAGACGUUUUACUGUAGCACACACAUGUUUCGAUGUCGACAAUGGCACAUCUUCGGGGCGGAGUCCUUUGGAUCCCCUGGCAAGUCCUGGAUCAGGGCUCAUCCUCCAGGCCAACUUCGUCCACAGUCGGCGGGAGUCCUUCCUGUACCGUUCAGACAGUGACUACGAUCUCUCACCGAAAUCUAUGUCCAGGAACUCCUCCAUUGCCAGUGACAUGAUUAACUGUCAUCAGAGACCUGGUUUGGUUUCUCGGAGAUCAGAACCAGUUCUUUCUGGAAAUCAUGGAGACGACCUGAUUGUAACACCCUUUGCACAGGUGCUGGCUAGUUUGAGAACUGUACGAAAUAAUUUUGCAACAAUAACCAACUUACCAGACCGAGCCUCAAACAAGCGAUCACCCAUGUGUAACCAGCCGUCCAUCAACAAGGCCUCCUUUACAGAGGAGGCCUACCAGAAACUGGCCACCGAGACCUUGGAGGAGCUGGACUGGUGUUUGGACCAGCUGGACACACUACAAACCAGGCAUUCCGUCAGUGAGAUGGCCUCCAAUAAGUUCAAAAGAAUGCUUAACCGGGAACUUACCCACCUGUCUGAAAUGAGCAGAUCUGGCAACCAGGUCUCAGAGUUCAUAUCAAGCACAUUUUUAGAAAAACAACAUGAGGUAGACAUGCCUUCUCCAGCACAGAAAGAGAAAGACAAGAAAAAGAAGCCGAUGUCUCAGAUCAGCGGGGUGAAGAAACUAAUGCACAGUACCAGUUUAACAAACUCAAAUAUUCCACGGUUUGGGGUCAAAACGGAAAUGGAAGAUUCACUGGCAGCUGAGUUAGAAGACGUCAAUAAAUGGGGCCUUAAUGCAUUCAAAGUUGCAGAAUUUUCGGGAAACAGGCCUUUAACAGUCAUGAUGCACACGAUUUUCCAGGAACGGGAUUUGUUAAAAACCUUCAAAAUUCCUCUAGACACCUUUAUCACCUACUUGAUGACUUUAGAAGAUCAUUACCAUGCAGAUGUCGCAUAUCACAACAACAUUCACGCUGCUGAUGUUGCUCAGUCCACUCACGUGCUGCUGUCUACCCCUGCUCUAGAGGCUGUGUUCACAGAUCUGGAAAUUCUUGCUGCCAUUUUUGCCAGUGCUAUUCAUGACGUAGAUCACCCAGGAGUAUCCAACCAGUUCCUUAUUAGCACCAACUCUGAGCUUGCCUUGAUGUACAAUGACUCAUCGGUGCUGGAGAAUCAUCAUUUGGCUGUGGGCUUCAAGCUGCUGCAGGAUGAGAACUGUGACAUUUUCCAGAAUUUGACCAAAAAACAGAGACAAUCACUGAGGAAAAUGGUCAUUGACAUUGUUCUUGCAACAGAUAUGUCCAAACACAUGAAUUUGUUGGCAGACUUGAAAACUAUGGUGGAAACCAAAAAAGUUACCAGCUCUGGAGUUCUCCUUUUGGACAAUUACUCAGAUAGGAUACAGGUUCUACAAAACAUGGUCCACUGCGCAGAUUUAAGUAAUCCCACCAAGCCUCUCCAGGUGUACCGGGAAUGGACAAACAGAAUAAUGGAGGAGUUCUUUAGUCAAGGAGACCGGGAGAGGGAGAGAGGCAUGGAGAUCAGCCCCAUGUGUGACAAGCACAACGCAUCGGUCGAAAAAUCACAGGUGGGGUUCAUAGACUACAUCGUUCAUCCUCUCUGGGAAACGUGGGCAGACCUGGUCCACCCGGAUGCACAAGACAUCUUAGACACACUAGAGGACAAUCGCGAGUGGUAUCAGAGCACAAUCCCGCAGAGCCCCUCCCCAGCCCCGGGUGAGCAGGAGGACAGCCGGCAGGGGCAGGCUGAUAAAUUCCAAUUUGAACUGACGCUGGAGGAGGACGGCGAGUCGGACACGGAGAAGGACAGCGGCAGCCAAGCUGAAGAGGAAGAGGAGGAGGAGGAGGAGGAGGAAGAGGAUAACAGCUAUAGUGACUCUAAAACCCUUUGCACUCAGGACUCUGAGUCCACGGAAAUCCCACUAGAUGAACAGGUGGGUGAGGAAGAGGAAGAGGAGGAGGAGGAGGUCUCUGUGGAACCCUGCAAUGUAGAGGAGGAAGAACAGCCUGCCGACACAUAACAAUGUAGACAGCAUUAAAUAAUAAUGAAAUUAUUAAUAAUAAGAAUAAAUAAUAAUAAUUAAAAUAAUAAUAAUAAAAGUUCCAAAGCGCACAUGUUGCACAUCACGACCUUGUCCACUCCUCACUCCCACCGGGCUGGACAGAGUAGAUCAGAGACUGCUGGUAGUUCUAUAACUUUGCACUCAGGAAUAUUGUGUCAGAAUUUCAAGCUUAUUGGAGCAACACGUCAGUUGAUGACAUUCAACUCUCGGGUUCAGACGUUUUGAGGCUGGAGUGGGUUAUUUUAUUCUAGCAAACAGAAACUAUUCCAGAAUAAUUGUAGUGGAUUGUAACUCGCCUGAAAAAGAAAGAAAAGAAUGAAAGGGUUUGUUUUUGUGUAACUGGAGAAAUGUGUACAACACUAGUCUGGAUGACAUCCUACCAGGACUCUUUCAUGGAAGAAAUAACAAGACAAUGUGAAAAGUGCAGUGUUGGAGGAAAAUAGCAACUUACCAACAAAAUACCACGAGGAAUAUGUUGUGUGGAUUAAACGAGACAAUUUUCUAAAUUUCAAGUCUUCCUUGAAAACUGACUGAAAAAAAAAUGCAGCUUUUGGGCUGUUUUGACCUCUUGAGUUUUUGUAUUGUAUGUAAAAUGGAGAUAUUUUGUAGAUUUUACUUUUUAAUUAUAACAAAUGUAUGGAAAUAUUAUAUUUAAAAUAAUAUUUUAAAAGUUUCAUCUGCUAUUGCAUUUUUUUUUCUUUUCGCAGCAAGUAACUUGCAAGUUUGCUGUACAAAUCCAAGCACUAUGUGGUGUUUUUUUGGUUAUUUGUUUUGUUUUGUUUUGUUUUUGCUUUGUGUGAAUAUAAAGCAUAAUCCCCAGGCACUUUUUAUUAUUACUAUAAUUAUGUUUAACAUCCAGCAUACUUUUGGUGCAGACAACUAUAUAUUUUUUAACACAGGUGUCCAUGUGUCUUUAUAUAUAGUGCUAAAAUUUCCACUGAAUUAAUUACAUUGCCUAUGAAAAAAGGCCAGUUAAACAAUAGCGACUGUAUGGAUCCAUUAUAGUUACAUUGUAAUGUAAUUCCAGUAAUCAGCAAAUGUCCCGGAAAAGAGCAUACAACACCUCUGUUCUGCUUUAUUCUGUAUGAAAAUGUAGACUAAAUAAUAUAAAAACUAAUAUGUAAAUCAUCUGUGAAUACUGCUGUGCGAAGGUUUUAACAAUUCAGCAUAGUGUAUUUAUGUCUGUUAAAUAUUGCAGUUGUGACAGGGAGGGGUCUACUUUAAUAGAUUUAAGAGUGGUGAUGCUUAGAUCCAGUGCCAUGCCAUUGUAGUAUGCUUUACAGCUUGGGUUGAAUUGGGAAGAAAACUGUCUGCACUAAAAAAAAGGAAAUGCUGUUUUUAUCCAUGUCCUAAUUAGAAGGAGCAUCAACACAAGACAAUCAGCUGCAUAAUGGUAGAGCCUCAGGAGUCAGAGCUAAAUACAUGCACUGAAGAGUUCACAAUGCUUUUUCUUGCCAAAACUGUGCACUGCAUUUGGAGCUGCAUACUGGUUCUUAUAAUACAGUUAAAAAAGUGACUUGUUUUCUUCAUUUUUUUAAAGCUUUUUUUUUUUGCCAUAUUAAAAUAUCUGUAGAACGUAACAGUAGCAUUCACAGCUGUACAUUUUAGCUUGCAAGUUACUAUACCCACAUAUUUUAUUUUUUUUAUUUUUUUUUGGUUAUGGUGAGAGUCUGUAGAUAGAACAAAAGAAAAACUUGAAUGGAUCUGGGUUUAUUGAGCGCUUAAAGAAAAAGAGGUUCUUUUAAAUGCAUUGUUUAAAUAUUUUAUUAUUUUGUGCCAUGCCUUUUUUUUUUUCUCACCAGAUGCCCUUACCUGUAAUACAGUCUCGUUUGUCUCUGUUUACAACCAUGUAUUUAUUGUGCUGUACAUACUAUAAUGUUUAUUGUAAAUUAUCGAUUAUUAUUAUAUCAUCCCUUAUGGGGGUGGUGUUGCUGUAUUUGGAAACUCUUGGUGAGAGAAUGAUUAUUAUAUAUACUUAUUCAAUGUAAAUGUAUCUUCUGUAAUACAAUAUGUCACCUUAGAGCUUGUUUAUGGAGAACUGGGGAAAGCCAAACCAGAUUUUAAAAAGCCGCAGGUCUUUGGUCCCAGGGCUGUGCCUUAACUUUUAAACAAUGUAUUUUUUAAAUUUAUUUUUAUUUUUCUCUUCUGUUGUGCUGUAUUAGGAUGUUAUGUGACUGUGUGGCUAGGGCUGGGCAUUUUAACAUAAAACAGAUGCCUUAGGCAAUUAAAGCUUUAUGUUAUGCUAUUAAGACCUAAUCCCAUUUUUUUAAAACCCAUCUUGUGCAGCUUUAUUUCUGUUGAAAUGUUUAAAAAAUAACACAACACUAUUAUGGUCACUAAGAGUGCACAGUGCCCAUGUUUAACUAUAUCUAAUAUUUUAAUGCAAUACUAUAAGAAUCCCAUUUUUAAACUUACAAAAUGUUCAGUUCUGUACAGUAGUAGUAGUGUAUUUUUUAUUCAAUCUGAUACAACUUUUUACAAGUAAGAAAUUCAGGUACUCAGAUUACUAUUCUGUAAUCUACCUUUGCCCAGCCCAGUAAAUGUUUGCUUGUUUAGAGAACAAGUUAUUUAUUUUUCUUUUUUCUUUUCUUUUAAACAGAGCCUCCUUUUUGACACACAUACUGUAGAUUCUAGCAGCCCUGGCCCAAAGGAAUUGGUCGCUUUUGUUUUUAAACUGUAUAAAAGGGAUACAUUAACUGUAACUACAAAGACUCCUGAACAACUAUUAUUUUUUCUAUUGGUUAUGUCUUUAGAAUGCCAACUUGUCUGGAGGUUUCACAAGACAAUUAUUUUACUGGAUUCAUUAUCUCUUACAGUCUAUGGGAUAGUACUGUAGGUCAUGCUCAGAACCUUCAUUGAAAACAUUUUUUUAUAUGCAACAGAUGAAAUAAAAGCAUGGGUUGAUUCUGCCUAAAUCCUG